CAGGAAUCGGUGGAAUCGAUCACAAAACAGAAGGAAGCAAUCGAGGUCUCUUGUCCCCAAUCGCCACCGGAAUUUCUAGACGCGUCCAAAAUCCUCCCGGCGGCUGGGCUUCUCGCCGUCCGUCGCCGCCGGGCGACGCGUGCACGGCCGCUGUCGCCGAGGCCCGCACGGGCACCGAGGCUCUCCUCUCCUCUCCAGACAGGGCUUGCCUUCGCGGCUGGACGAUGGAUUUGGGGACGGAGAAUCGCCUUGCGGCGUUGCUCCUCGAGGAGGCCCGGAGGCUGCGGAUGCAGGCGGAGAAGGAAGGGGUGCACGCCUAUCUGCAGAAACCUAACGUGAGGCACCGCCCCAACUCGCGGUUCCUUGCCGCCACCGUUCUUGGCGUUCAGCAAGCAAAUCGAGUUGUGGAGGUUAAUGAGAUGUGGCGUGCCAGGGAGAAGGAAAUGGAGCUGGAAUCAAAGAUGAAAGCCAGAACCAGUGGUCGAAUUGACUCGAGAUCCCUGAAACGGAGGAACGACUCAAGAGACCAGAGCCCUGUCUCUAAGAUCCAGCGAGACAGACCAUAUGGUGCUGGUGCAUCAUCUUCGUCGAGGGAUUCACAUAGCAGUUCUUAUUCGGGCCGGGAGGAUGGGCUAGGCGAUGAUGAAAUCGAAGAGUUUCUUCGAUCAAGGGUGAAGCGCGGACGAGGAGCCAUUGGUUCUAGAAUGGAUGAGCCCGGUCCAUACCUCAAGCCUCCAUGCGGUAGGCAAGACAAUUCAGCAAGUCCGGACGCAGGAGUGAAAGAAGACCGGAAGCGCCGAGUUUAUGGUCCAGAGAAACCACUAUUUUUGAGAUCUAAAUCCUCAGACGAGGAGCCAUCCACCUCGAAGCACAAGCACAUAAAACAAGAAAAGAACAAUAGCAGCAACCGAGAGAGAAAGAAGGACAACAAGAGGUCCAAACAUCACCACCGUGAACAUAAAAGCCGAAGUAGGGAGUGAUGGCUGAUGAUUAAUCGGAAUGUGGAGAAAAGAUGAAACUGAAGCCUACAAAUGAAGAUGCGGCGAUCAAGCUCAGGGGAUGCGUGGUUCCUCCACUUGCCGUUGGCUUGGCAACUGCAGAAGAACAGAAGGGUGGGUUACUGGCAGUAGAAAUUCAGUUAAGUUUCCUUUCAGAACAAAGGUCAGUUAAGUUUGAGAUGGUUUCAGAAGAGAGGUUCAGGCUACCAAUUGAAAGAACAUCUCUGCCAUCAUUAUGUUGGUUUCAUGUGUACAUUUUCCCGGUGUUUUAAGGCAGUAAUUUUUAAAGUUAUUCUAGCGAGACUAGAAAUUUGUAAGUUUCUCUACUUCUGAUCAUCCUAGACAGCACUAAGAUUGUU